GCAGCGACAGCCACAGACAGCCACUCACGAGGCUCCACGUUUGUGUGCAAGGCUAUACUACCCUUUGCGAAGGCACCCACUUAACCCAGCAUCGCAGCUUCACUCUAUCAUAAUGGCCGACCCAGUUGCCGACAAGUCGGGGUUUUUGAGGAUGUACAUGUCGAACCACCCGGACACUCUGGUUGCCUAUGCGAAAUGGUACGGGAAAGUGAAGGAGGCGAUAUCGAGUGCGGAGAUGACAGCCAUCGACUCCAACAGCAUGACGCUGACAUGCACUCUGAAGUCUGGGUCGAAGAAGGAGGUUCGUGUAGCCAUUGAGCCACCUCUGUCAGGGUACGAGGAAGUCAAGCCGCGGCUCCUCGAAAUGAAAGCUUUGUCACAGGAGGGCCUUGGGAUGAUAAAAGCCCCAAAAAUUACUACGUUCAAACUUCCCGAAGGUAUCGCGGUCGCUUCUGCCCUCAUGGCCUUCAUGUGGUAUACCUAUCUGGCACCCUUCAACUCAGCUUCACCAUUCUUUAUCCCUGCCAAUUUUGUUCGUUCAUACGUUGGCUUCCGCCCUGUGCAACUUUCCGUAGGGUUCAUCGUUCUUGCUCAUUCUCUGGAAAGCCUGUACACUUUCUCGUUAUGUCGGAAGCAUUCUACUGGCUUCCUUGUCGGGGCGCAGUAUGUCAUAACAACACUGGUAUUAGGUUUCCCAACCUGGAUUAGUCUCAGAAAACGGAUUCAAGCGGCGCGUAUUGAUUCUGUCAUGAAGGUCGAGUAGGGUGUAUGUAAAUUUUCGAGGUUCCGUUCUUCUUGUCGCCUGCUGGCCUUGUAUAUAUUAUAGUGCUUGUUCCCUGUAGAAAAGCUAUCAAACUAUAUUAUCUUGCUC